AUGUCGCGGCCAUCGCAUACGUCGACGCCAGUGCCGGAGCUUCGUGGUGCGGCGGCUAUUGCGCGCAACAUCGAUGCGGCGGCAGAGAAGCUGUCCAUGGGCCAGCCGAAACGGUCGCACAGCCGCACCACUAUCAUGACAGAGGCAGGGAGGCAGCCAUGGUACGAUGCGGAGGGGAAGCCGAUUCAGCCGUACAUUGUAGGUGUGGCGGGCGGAAGUGCCAGUGGGAAAACAUCGAUUGCCAAGGAGAUUUUGAAGCGCCUUCCGAACGUGUCAUGGGUUGCCAUUCUCAGUCAGGAUGCCUUUUAUCGCCCCUUGAACGAGGAGCAGAUCCAGCAGGCGUUCGAACAAAAUUUCGACUUUGAUCAUCCGAACGCCAUUGAUCAGGAACUGCUUGUACAAUGUGUCAAAGAUUUAAAAGCGUCACGCGCUGUGCAAGUACCUAUUUACAGCUUUACGCAGCAUCAGCGCCUGCCAGAAACGACCUACUUGUAUGGCCACACAGUCCUUGUGCUGGAAGGUUUGUUUGUGCUGCACGAUCCAGCGCUACGAGAUUUGCUUGAUUUGAAGAUCUUUGUACAGACGGACCCUGACAUCAUGCUGGCCCGGCGAAUCCGGCGUGAUAUUGUCGAUCGUGGCCGUUCGGUCGACGGCGUGUUGGACCAGUACCUUCGCUUCGUGAAACCGUCCUUCGAUACCUUUGUCGGUCCCUCCGCUCGAUACGCCGACAUCAUUGUGCCAGGUAUGCACAAUGCCGUGGCCAUCGAUGUCAUCGGCCAGCACAUUGCAAAGCACUUGACACGAGCCAGGACUCUUCUGUUGCGGCAGGACAUCAGCCGUACGCUUGAGCCGGCGCCGUUUGAUGUAGCCUCGGGGCGUACAUUCCCCUUGGCGCGGCUGCGUGUAGGGACCAGCGUGGAUGGCACACCAGUGCAUGUGGUGGAACUGGCGCCCUUCUCCGAACAAGGGGAUGCAGAAGGAUUGGUGGCUCAUACAGACGACAUUCUGCCGCUCCCGCCAAACCUGUGUGUCAUUCCGCCCAAGGCACAGCUGCAAGCUAUGCUUACUGUGAUGCACGAUGUGAGCACGGCUUCCGGCGACUUUGCUUGGGCGUGCAAACGUGCAGGGGCAUUUGUUGCUGAAGCGGCUAUGAAGUUGCUGCCGUAUCGCUCGCGAAAGAUUUGCACGCCCACAGGCGAAAAAUGUACGGGUGUCGAGCUUGAUGUGACCCAUAUCUGCGGCGUGUCGAUCCUACGCUCAGGCGCAAUAUUAGAACAACCUCUUCGACGUGCGUUGCCGGCGCUGGCAUUAGGCUCCCUUCUGAUCCAGAGCUCUGGGACAAACUAUCGACCGAUGCUCUACUCCGUAUCCCUGCCGUCGUUCGUCAAAGAUCGCACGAAAGCAGCGCAGACGUGGGUCCUGCUGACCGAUGCGCAAAUCGGCACGGGCGCGGCAGCCUUUAUGGCAGUGCGUGUCCUCCUCGAUCACGGAGUCCCAGAGAACCAGAUCAUUUUGCUGACACUGCUCGUGUCUGCACAGGGCGGUGUAUGGUCCUUGCAACAUGCCUUCCCACAAGUGCGCAUUAUCACAGCGGGUGUCGAUCCAGGCCUGCAACAGUUUACAUGGCCGGACCAGCACGAUGGGUACACAGUGCACACGCAUACGACAUCACACGCAGAACACUACACACCUGCCGAAGCAGAUAUGGCCGAGCGUCAAGUUUUUGCUAUUACCCCAGGGUGUGGCCAAAUGGGCGAUCGAUUCUGGGGCACAUAG